AUGGUCAAAUCAUACUUGAAAUUUGAAGCGUCGAAAACCUUUGGUCUCGUUGCUUCUGCGACGUCGAAUAUCGUUUGGAUAAAAGAUGAAGGCCUCCUGACAUCUUCCCACCGUACCGGCGCAGGGCGAGCAAUAGUUGGUGCGGGUGAAGAAGUUGCUUGCUGGGAUGUUAAAAAGGGAGAAUUGCUCGCCAAAUGGCGGGAUUCCGACUGCAAUGCGCAAGUGACUUGCAUUGCGCAAAGCAAAGCCGACGAGGACAUUUUUGCUGUUGGAUACGAGGAUGGCAGUAUCCGGCUAUGGGACUCUCGGCUCGGAACGGUUAUGAUUUCUUUCAAUGGGCACAAAACCGCUGUCACACAGCUAGCGUUUGACAAGGGAGGAGCACGGUUGGCCAGUGGCUCGAAGGACACCAAUAUAAUUAUAUGGGAUUUAAUCGCAGAAGUCGGGGUGGUAAAGCUACGAGGCCAUACCGACCAGAUCACCUCCCUUAACUUCUUGUCUGGCGCAGCUGACGAGGACGACAUUGCCGAAAACGACCAGGACAGAUUCUUAUUGAGUACGGGUAAAGAUUCACUGAUCAAAUUCUGGGAUCUGUCUUCUCAACAUUGCAUCGAAACCCAUAUUGCUCAGAGUAACGGAGAGUGUUGGAGUCUAGGCUUGUCACCCGAUCAAAGUGGAUGCAUAACUGCGGGGAAUGAAGGCGAGCUUAGGGUCUGGUCGAUAGAUCCGAAUGCUAUGAAAGAGAUUGCUAAAGAAAAAGAAGGAGCCAAUACGCAGAAGAUUUUAGUGGAUAGGGGAAACUUAUAUCGCCAUGGCAAAGAUCGAACCAUCGGCGUGCAUUUCCAUCCACAUUCAGAUUAUAUUGCAGUUCACGGUUCUGAAAAGUCUCUCGAGAUAUUGCGCAUCCGAGGUGAAAAGGAAAUACAGAAGACCCUAGCCAGGAAGCGAAAGAGGAGAAAGGAGAAAGAUGGAGCUGAGAACGACCAAACUGCCCCUAUUGGUGAUUCUCCGGACUCUCUUGCGACCGUCCCGAUAACCGAAAUUUUUGUCUCGCACGCAAUCGUUAGAACCGGAGGGAAGAUCCGAUCAGUGGAUUGGAUACGUGGCAAAGGACUCCAGCUGCUCGCGGCCACCACAAACAAUCAGCUAGAAGUUUACAACGUCGUCUCAGCAGAAAAGAAGAAAAAGGAUCAAGAAGAGAUUGAUUACACCCGCACAUUGUCCGUUGAAAUUCCAGGCCACCGAACUGAUGUACGUUCACUGGCUUUGAGCGCAGACGAUCGGAUGUUGUCCUCAGCCUCAAAUGGAAACUUGAAGGUCUGGAAUGUCCGAACUCAAACGUGCCUUCGAACAUUGGACUGUGGGUACGCUCUGUGCUCUACUUUCCUUCCCGGAGACAAGAUCGUUGUUGUUGGGAAUAAGAAUGGAGAGCUUGAGGUGUUUGAUAUUGCUUCAUCAACGCUUAUUGACACAAUCCAGGCUCACGAAGGCCCAGUAUGGGCACUUCAUGUUCACCCUGAUGGAAAAUCUAUGGUUACCGGAAGUGCUGACAAAACUGCAAAGUUCUGGAAAUUCGAGGUCGUUCAAGAAGAGAUCCUAGGCACUAAACGCACAAUGCCCAAGUUUAAGCUCGUCCAUAUCCGGACACUCAAAGUAAACGAUGAUAUUUUGAGCCUUAAAUUCUCUCCAGAUGCCCGACUGCUCGCCGUUUCGCUCCUGGAUAACACUGUGAAGGUCUUUUUUGUUGAUACCCUGAAGCUCUUUUUGAACUUAUACGGCCACAAACUUCCUGUCCUCAACAUGGACAUCUCCUAUGAUAGCAAACUAAUUGUCACCUGCUCUGCAGAUAAAAACAUUCGACUUUGGGGCCUCGAUUUCGGUGAUUGUCAUAAAGCUUUCUUCGCGCAUCAAGACAGUAUCAUGGCGGUUGCAUUCAUGCCUCACAACAAGGAAGGGGAUGGUCACAACUUUUUCAGCGCCAGCAAGGACCGUUUGGUCAAGUACUGGGAUGGAGACAAGUUCGAACAAAUACAAAAACUUGAAGGCCACCAUGGGGAGAUAUGGGCGUUAAUAAUAAGCCAUUCCGGGGACUUCAUAGUCACUGCGAGUCACGACAAAAGUAUACGGGUCUGGCAACAAACAGACGAACAAAUAUUUUUAGAGGAGGAGCGAGAGAAGGAGCUAGAAGAAUUGUAUGAGCAGAACCUUGCUGAGUCCCUCGACAAGGAAGAAGAAGCUAUAGAAGGCGAGGAUAAACCAGAGGCCGUGGCUGCCGGAAAGCAAACUAUGGAGACUCUAACAGCUGGAGAAAGGAUAGUUGAGGGCCUUGAACUAGGCUUGGAGGAUUUGGAGCAAAUCCGUGAAUACAACGAACGCAAAACCUCCAACCCUAAAGCUGCCCCGCCGUCUCGCAACCCUCUAUAUCUCGCAUAUGGGAAUAUCUCCGCCGAAAAAUAUCUCCUCAACACGAUACAAAAGAUCCCGGCCGCAUCCUUGCAGGAUGCCCUUCUCGUGCUCCCGUUCUCCAAACUUCCUGCCCUUUUUACAUUCCUGAAUAUAUGGGCAGGUAAAGAGUGGGAUAUACCGCUGACAUGCCGCAUCUUAUUUUUCAUACUCAAAACGCACCAUCGACAGAUAGUGGCGAGCAAGAUGAUGAGGCCCAUGCUAGACGGUAUUCGAGGGAACCUUCGACGGGUACUUUCUAAGCAAAAAGAUGAGAUGGGGUAUAAUUUGGCUGCUCUUCAGUUUAUUGGUGGCCAAGUACGUGAUAAAAGCAGAUCGGAUUAUGUUGACGAGGAGUUAUGGGAACAGGAAGAACAGCAACAACGAGGGGUGAAGAAGAGACAGUUCGUGACUGUGGCAUAA